UAGUCACUGACCUUUCGUUUCUUAACUGUUGCAAGCUUUGGAUUGUCUGCUGCUCUGAAGUGGUAGAUUCUCAGUCCACCCUGCACCUUGAGAUAAGUGGGUCUAUUCUCCCUCUCCUGAGAGAAAAACCUUUACUUCAUAUGACUGAAUAUUGUUUUUUGACCAGUGUAGCAUUCUGUAGUCUUCACAAACCCAAUUCCAACUUGGUGAGUCUAAGAUUCUGUGAUUUCCCAUGAACAGGGUAUGAAGUUAGCAAACCAGAUGCACUCUCCAGGUUGGAACGAGGAGAACAGCCAUGGACUGUGUUAGACGAAAGCCAUAGUCGAACGUUUUCAGCCUACAGGUCUUGAUUCCUCAGCAGCAAAAGAAUCAAUUGAAAGGAGGAAGAGGUUCCAGGAUUUCAGUAUUGUCAUUUCUGGGAACACCAUUCACGGGAGACUGAGAUUUCUGAACAGAAAUUUGAGCUGAUCCAGAAAACACAGAGAAAGCAUUCCCGAUGCUGGCCAUGUCACAAGAAUAAAAGAAAAUGGUCAAGGUGCAGGCGUCACUGACAUUCAGCGAUGUGGCUGUGGAGUUCACCUGGCAGGAGUGGCAGCUUCUGGACACUGCUCAGAAGGACCUGUAUCGGGAUGUGAUGUUGGAGAACUAUGGGAACCUGGUGUCCGUGGGGUAUGAAGUUAGCAAACCAGAUGCACUCUCCAGGUUGGAACGAGGAGAACAGCCAUGGACUGUGUUAGACGAAAGCCAUAGUCGAACGUUUUCAGGCUUAAAGGGAGACAUGGAGAGAGAGGAGCUGUUACAUGGAAGACAGCAAGAGAUGGUGGUAAUGGAAGACAAUGAGAGAUGGCAGCACAGCAGUAGCAAGCGCAAUAGCGGCAUGAGGCAACUGGAGCAGGAGACUGGUGUGAGAUGGCUACGGUGGGGCCUGUUGACCCACGGAGCUGAGAGUUGUAACAGUUGCCCAAGAAGGCCCCGAGCAGGGCCCAGCAGAGCCCAACGGCAGCAAGGCCCUGAGCAGGGCCCAGCAGCAAAGGGCGAGAAGAAGCUGUCCUGAUCAAGAACUGUAUUCUGAGUUGUUUCUGUUGCUUCUGCGUUGUACCUGAUUCCAAAUUGCACCCUCUUGUUUUUCUAAUAAACUACUUAACUGUAAGUAUGGUUUGUGAGUUCUGUUAGAUGUUGCAGUGAAUUAUGGAACCCAAAGAUUGGAGGGAGAGUGCUGAGGGGAAGGGCAGUAGCUGAUGUUAGAGAUGAGGAAGUGGGAUGGCAGUUUGCAAAAUUUGGACAUUUGGGACAUCUUUAACCUCCAUCUCAUAGGAACCAGCUUUGUGCUGAUCCUUAUAAAAGAAAUUAUUCACUUACUUGGUGUCAGAAUGAUGGGAUUUGCUGUAAUGGCCCAGAUUCACUGGAAUAUGUGGUUUUGGGAAAGAGGUGGUAAAUGGGAUAAUGAGAAACUUUUGAAUCUGGAUGGGAUGAGAAACAUCCAUGGAUUGAAGCAGAUGUUAUGUUGCAGUCAGUUAUCCAAGGCAACAGCUAUCCAUGGGAAGUAGGAGUGGCAGGUCUAACUCCUGAGGGUUUGGCUUGUUGGGUGCAUAAGGACAGAGUGAUAAGGAAAGGAUGAGACAUACAAUUUCUUGGUUGCUGUUACCAGUGAUAGCUGUAAUGACAGGGAAAAAGAAUGUAGGGGUGAAUCAUAAUACUGAACCAAGCCUAGAUCCAGUCUGGUUGCAGCUACUUCAGUAGUCUUAAUAUCGACCAGGAAAGGAAAAAUCGUGUCAGAACAAAGGAAAUACCCCUAUGACUGCUGAUCACCAAGAAGGUAGUUGGGAGGGGAAUGAGCAAAAUGAAGAAACAGUUGAAACUAGGGGGUAUAAUGUAAAGGAGUUGCUUCAGUUCGUAGAUGUGUAUCAUCAGAUUUCUGAGGAACUGUAACUACAAUGGAUUGUGAGAGCGACUAAUUUAGGGGCAGUGUCUUUAGUUUUGAAUGCUGCAGAAUGGAAGAAAGAGUAUGUUUGGGUUCAUGCAAGACCCACAACUCAGUGUGGAACAGUCAAGAAUGAUGAUACAAGGUACGGUUGCACAGCAGGUUAACACGAAGGGUACAACCAGCCUGAAGGAUUGGAUAAAAUUUACAGUGAGAUUGGUUUACCCUGAGAAGGGAAACUGCCUUCUCCCCCUCUAAAUACCCUUGAUGUGCUGCUUAUGCAAGCCAUGGCUUUAUGAUGAUUAGGAUAUUUCCCCAGUGCGUAUGCCCCUGACACAGGUCAUGGCAGAUACAGUAAUCAAGGAAGCCCCUUCUACAUGCGCACCCCAUAUAAACUUGCUGCUGUGAAACAAAGCAAUAAUAGGAGAAGCCUUGUUGGAUCUAUUGGCAUAGCUUUCCUGCGUGGGUCUUACAGAUGGAAGAAUAUAAGGGUGAUUCAUAGACUAGUGGGAAGAGGCAAUGGGGAAAGAACUUACUGCAGCAAGAUGGAAAUUUUUAAAUGUUACUAAGAAAUGGAAUGAAUAUAGUAGACAUUGAUGGAGUUUAGAUAAAGUUUCUAAUGCAUCACUAUAGGAGGUUGGGUGGACCAAACAGGAAACUCCUGCUGGUGCCCCAUUGUUAAAGAGGCCUAAACAAGUCUGUUCUAUUUACCACAGUUGGUAGAAAUUUAAUGAUGGGAAGUCCCACCUGGGACCAUUUGGAGCAGAAGCUCAGCUAGUCAAUCUAGAUAAGGACUGACAAGGGGCCAGGGUCUUCUGGUCCAGCCCCCAGCAGGGGACACUAUGCAAUAUGUACAUGUUUAGGUGAAAUGGCCCAGGGGUGGGGAAGAGACAGGAGCCCAAUGCCCUGUAAUGCCCAAACCUGUCAAUAAAAUCUUGAAGGGGCCUAAGGUUAAAUUGGGGGAAUAUGGGAAUGCAGUGGUUGAUGGGACUAAGGUGAAAGUUUAGAUGAGAAUUGGAAAAUAUAACAUCUUGUAUGAAGCAGUUGCAUUUCUGUUACCAGAAUGUAUUAUUGGUAUGGUUAUUAUGUCUAAUGGGAGAACACCCCUUCUGUCUGAUAAUGUAAAGCUAAAGGUGUGUAAGUCUGACCUUAGGGCAGUAUUGACUGGAUAUGCUAAAUGGGAACCAUUAGAAUUGUCCUAACCACUUAGGUUGUUGAUGUGAAACAAUAUAGGAUACCUGGUGGACAAAAGAUUACUGCUUUGAUUAAAGACCUGCUGUAGGCUGGAGUGUUGGUGCCAAUAAAUUCUCUGUAUAAUAGCCCUGUUUGGUCCGUGAAAAAGGCAAGUGGCUCGUGGAUGCUGACAGUAGACUAUCGAGCCCUAAAUAAAGUAGUGCCACCUGUGGCUUCAGCUGUUCCAGACAUGGUAUCAACGAUGCAGAAAAUACAGAAGGCUAAGGACUGGUAUCCAGUGAUUGACCUUGAAAAUUAAAAUGCCUUUUUCUCCAUCCCAAUCUUGGAAAAGAGCCAGCCACAGUUAGCUUUAUGUGGGAAAGAUUCCAAUUUACAUUCACUCUGUUGCCACAGGGUUACUUGAAUUCAUCAGCUUACUGUCAUAGUUUGGUUAGAAGAGACUUGGACUUGUUGCAAAUUUCAAGUGUAAUGGUAUAUUACAUCGAUGAUAUUGUGUUAAUAUCAAACCCUGAAGAGUAGGCUAGGGCUGAUUUGAAUACAGUCAUGGCCUGCAUGCCCAGCAGAGGCUGGAUAACAGAUCUAGCAGAAGUCCAGGGCUCUGUCCAAACAGUGAAAUUCUUGGGAAUAACUUGGGCAGGAGCCACCCAUGACAUUCCACAGGCAACCAAGAAUAAGUUGCUGUUACUACCUACCCCCAAAACUAAACAGGAGACCCAGUGUUUGGUUGAUCUGUUUGGAUUUUGGAGAAUGCAUAUUCCACAUCUGGGAAUAUUACUGGCUCCUAUCCACAAAACUACUCAGAAGAAAACAUUUGAAUGGAGGCCAGAGCAAUAGCAGGCUAUGUCUGACUUACAGAAAACAGUCUCACUCUCCCUGCCUUUCGGCCCUUAUGGUCCAGAUUCAGACAUGAUUUUAGAGGUGUCUGUCACACGUGCUUAUGCAGACUGAAGCUUAAUGGCAAAAACCUGAGAACACUGCACUACGGUGACUGCUAGGAUUCGGGAGUAAAAAGCUUCCAGAUGCUACAGCACAAUAGACAGCAUUUGAAAGGCAAUUACUUGCCUGCUGUUGGGCAUUGAUUGAGAUUGCCUCAAUGACAGAAGGACAUAAAAUUAUCAUGAGACCUGAAAUACCCAUAAUGUCUUGGGUGAUGUCAGAGAAACACUCUAAUAAGGAAGGCAGUACCCAAAAUUGUUCCAUAAUAAAACGGAAACGAUUCAUGCAAGAACAAGCUGCUACCCCUUUGGGAACAAGGGAGAAUGAAAAAAACUAAAGAUACAAGGGAAAGAUUAGUCCAAAGGACUA